CGAGACUUUGAAGAGAGAGAGAGAGAGAGAGAGAGAGAGAGAGAGAGAGAGAGAGAGAGAGAGAAGAAGAGGAAGAAGCUGUUCUGUUAGACGGUGGUGGCCGCCAUGGAAGCUUCCUUCAUGCCUUUUUAAUAUUCAAAGCGACAGCGAAAGAGAGCGAACCAGAAGCGAAUUUGUUGAUGAUUAUCGAAAACACACGCACACACACACACACAAAAACGUUGAUUUUAUCUUCACAUUUUUAUAAUUUUUCACAAAAGUAUGAUAUUGCUACAAGGUUUCGUAGAGGUUUUCUUGUGCUGAGAAUCAAAAUUCUUGUACUUACUUCUUUCUACGUUAUCGCUUCGGAUUAUCUUUAUCUUCUUCUGUUGUUGGUCAUUUUCGUCAACCCUAGAGUUUAGGCUUUUGGUUUUGAUUCGUUCCUGUUUUCGUGUUCAUCUGAGCAAGUUUGUAAAGUGGACGGAUAUCAAGAUAUCUUCGGCGAAAAUUCUGGUUUUCGGGUUGGAUUUUGUUUUGGCUAGGUCGGCGAUUAGUAGGGUCUUACUGGGACCGGGUGGGACUUUCGAAUCGAGCCGAUUUUGCUAGUUCUUCUUGGUUUGUUGCUGGGGAUUGGGGUCAUCGAUUGAAGGUUGUGGUUUGGUUUAGAAUCGAGUAGUAUUGAAGGUCGAUAAACUUCGUAAUUGAUAUUAGGUUUUUAGGGAUUUUAGAUCAAGCUACUUUAGCAGUGAAGUAGUGAUUUGAGAUUUCGGAUCUAAGUUGAGUGUUAAGGUUUAAAUGAUGGACUUCUGAAGUCCAGCAGAAAGGGCGGGACAUAAUCUGGAAGGAAGAACAGCCGAUUUGACUUUCCUUGCCGUGCCUCGGCCAUUGACGACGGAUAGGUUCUUCACGUUUGGGUUUGAUACCUCUUUUGUGUGAAAGAAGGGUUUAAUUUGGCCGUGGGAACCUGUGGUUGAGAUUCUUCAUUGUGGAUAAGAUGAGCUCAAGCGUGACAGAUGCUGGUGCAAACAGCGGCAAAUUGCUGGUUCAUGUUUCUGAAAAUGGACACUCCUUUCAGCUUGAUUGUUAUGAGGGUAUGCUGGUUGAGGAUGUGAUGCGCUUGAUUGAAUCAGUCACGGGGAUUAACUGCAAUGAUCAGUUUAUUCUCUCAUUGGAUGUUAGGCUGGAAUCUCAGCGACCCCUUUCUGUUUACAAGCUUCCAGCAGAUGAUCGGGAAGUUUUCUUGUUUGAUCGAUCCAGGCUACAAAGCAAUGCACCGCCACCUCCACCGGAGCAGAUUGAUAUCCUUGAUAUUGCAGAACCACCAUCACCUUCAACUUCACAAGAUUCCCAUCCUUUAGAUGAUGCCUCGGACCCUGCUUUGAAGGCUUUGCCUUCUUAUGAGAGGGAGUUUCGUUACCAUUACCACAAGGCUCAUACAAUAUAUAGUAGUACGGUGAUGAAGUUUGAUUACUGUGAGAGGCUUUUAAGAGAGCAGAAGGUUCAAGAGAGAGCUUUAGAGGUUGCAAAGGGUAAUUUGGAUCAAUACUUUAAAAUGAUUAAUCAGAACUACACAGAUUUCAUGAGGCGUUAUUCGCAGCAGCAUCGGGUUCAUACUGAUCUGUUGGUUAACUUGGGUAGAGACAUUGAGAAAUUGCGGUCUGUUAAGCUUCAUCCUGCCUUACAAACAGCGAAUCACAAGUGCUUAUUGGAUUUUGUCAAGGAGGAUAGUUUGCGGAAGUUAGCAGAAAAUUGCAGCAGUUCGCACAGCCAGUUUGAGAACAAAGUUUUUCAAUUCAAGGCAAUGUUUAACGAGGUUAAGCGAAAAGUUGAAGAUUUAUUUUCCAGCAGGGCUUCUUUCUCUAUCAAGAAUUUGGAACUGAAUAUUAAGGAGCAUCAGCGGUAUAUCAAUGAACAGAAGAGUAUAAUGCAAUCCUUGAGCAAAGAUGUUGAUACUGUUAAGAAACUGGUGGAUGAUUGCCUAUCUUGUCAGUUAUCUUCCUCACUUCGCCCUCAUGAUGCGGUCUCGGCCCUAGGUCCUAUGUAUGAUGUUCAUGACAAGAAUCAUCUGCCAAGAAUGCAAGCUUGUGAUCGUGCAGUUUCCAAACUGCUUGAUGUCUGUAAGGAUAAAAAGAUUCAAAUGAACAACUUCUUGCACCAUUACAUGCAAAAGAUUGCUUAUAACUCUUACAUCAUCAAGGAUGUCAAACUACAGUUUCCUGUUUUUAAAGAGGCAAUGGGGCGUCAGGAGGACCUAUUUAUGGACCUAAAGUUGGUGCGAGGGAUCGGUCCAGCCUAUAGAGCUUGUCUUUCUGAAGUUGUGAGAAGGAAAGCCUGCAUGAAGCUUUACAUGGGUAUGGCUGGUCAAAUGGCUGAAAGGCUUGCAAGAAAGAGGGAGGAUGAGGUUAGAAGACGUGAAAUGUUUCUGACAGAGCAUAGUGGAUACUUUCCAAGAGAUGUAAUAGAAUCCAUGGGAUUAAACGAUAUGCCUAACCCGUGUGAUGUUCAUAUAACUCCUUAUGACGACCGUUUAAUUAACGUUGAUAUUUCGGACCUUGACCAUUAUGCUCCUGAGUACUUGUUAGGAUUCCCUUCGAAAAGUGAGAAGCAAGGAGGCCCCAAGGAUUCCUUUACGAAGUCAGUUGGAGCUUUGAGUUCUGUUGAGGCUGAAGAAAUUUCGAAGGGCACCUUUGAGAGUUAUGUCUCUGGGGAGCUUGCUGAAGGUUCUGAGUUAGUAGAGAUUUCUGGAACCAGCAAGAUGGAAGUUGAAAAUGCAAAAUUGAAAGCUGAUCUUGCUUCUGCUUUAGCCUUUAUCUGUUCAUUCUCUCCCGAAUGUGAUUUAAAUGAUGACAGCAAAGUAGACAGUAUCUUAAAGAAUGCUGCUGAGAAAACAGCUGAAGCCUUGCAUCUUAAAGAUGAAUAUGGAAAACAACUUCAAUUAAUGCUUAAAACUAAGCAGAUGCAGUGUGAAUCAUAUGAAAGACGCAUUAAAGAAUUGGAACAAAGGCUGUCAGAUCAGUAUUUGCGGGGGCAAAAUCUCUCAAAUAAUGAUGUGUCUGAUUUUUCAGUUUUGGCUGAAAAGAGUGAUGAUUGCAAGCCACGAGUUAUUGGCUGUCUAGAAUCCCCUGCACCUUGUAUAUCUACUACAGAGCCAAUGGACGAGGUUUCUUGCAUCUCUAAUUCACUGGAUGUGAAGCUGGGGCUUUUUGCUGGACAGCCGGGUAGAGCUCAAGAAGCAGUUGAUGAAAAUAUGAUGGAUUCCCGUGGCGAUCAGAACCCUCAUUUGGAUUCCUCAAUGAUGGAGCCAAAUCGUGAAGAAUUUCAAGACAAUGAUAAAUAUGUGAGAGAUAAAGUAGGACAGAUGGGAAUAUCUCUGACGAACAGUUCCACUGCUGAGAGCAUGCCUCGGUCUCUGAAUGUUUUACCGUGUGAAACAGUAGAAGAUCCCAAUUUGGAAUCUAAUCUUCAGAAUGGCCUUCUGCUGGAGUUACAAGAUGCACUUGCGGACAAGACUAAUCUGUUGAAUGAAACUGAGACAAAACUUAAAGAUGCUAUGGAGGAGGUUGCCUCACUGAAGAUAGAGUUGGAAGCUAGUAGGAAGCUGCUUGAUGAAUCUCAGAUGAAUUGUGCCCACUUGGAGAAUUGUCUGCAUGAAGCGAGGGAGGAGGCUCAAACUCAUCUUUGUGCAGCUUCCCGUAGGGCUUCAGAGUAUAAUGCACUUCGUGCAUCAGCUGUGAAAAUGCGGGGCCAUGUUGAAAGACUAAAAACUUAUGUUUUUGCUCCAAGUGGAGUGGCUGCUUUUGCUCAUUCCUUACGCACUUUAGCACAAUCUUUAGCCAAUUCUGUUAGCGACAAUGAAAACGAUGGCACCAAUGAAUUCCGCCAAUGCAUCUGGGCUAUAGCAGAGAGGGUCGGAAUUUUGGUCAAAGAACGUGAAGAACUGCUUGAAAAAUACCCGAAGCUUGAAGCUGCGAACGAACAACUUGUCAAAGAACUAGAAGAAAAGAAAGAGCUUGUUAAAACUUUGUACUCAAAGCAUCAACUUGAGAAGCAGGCAAACAAGGAAAAGAUUUCAUUUGGUCGCAUGAAAGUCCACGAGAUUGCUGCGUUUGUUCGGAAUGCAGCUGGACAUUACGAGGCAAUCAAUCGGAACUGCGCCAACUACUACCUGUCUGCUGAAUCUGUGGCUUUAUUUGCAGACAAUCUCCUUACCCGGCCUAACCACAUUGUUGGGCAGGUUGUCCACAUUGAACGCCAGAUCGUGAAACCAUCGCCGCCUUCUCCUCGGCGUGAUCACGGUAGGGUGGAUCAAACUGAUUGUGUGAUCUCCGACUCGGGGACUGAUAGGUUGACCUUGAAUUCAGGUUUAUCUUUGAACCCGUACAGUCUUCCCGUCGGAUGUGAAUAUUUUAUAGUAACCGUAGCGAUGUUACCGGAUACUGCUAUUCAUUCAACAGCUUCCUGAUCUCCCUGCAAACAAGCGACUGACAUGAUGGAAGAUCCCAAAUGUAGAUAUUAAUUACAUUGAAGAACAAUUGUUGGGAGGUGAACUUUUUUUUAUUUUUCAUUUUGUACAAAUGAUGGUGGAUGAGCUUUUUAACAAACCCAUCUCUCUCUCUCUCUCUCUCUCUCUCUCUGUAAAUAUUUAACCUUCCAGUGUGUGGAAAACUGUGAAUAUUAUUGCCACCCCUAGUCUUUAAUUUGACUCUACUU